UCUUAUAAGCACGGAGCCGGCCGGCCGACGCAUAUUCGUCCGUCUGCUUCGAGAGUCGGUGGUCGUGUGUUCAGCUCUUCCGAGGUUUCGAUAUAAAGUGACAACAUGUUUACCAACAAGACUGUUCUGGACCGGCGCCUGCCCUGCGUUCACAGGUACCUGAGUCUACCGAUACCUGACAACACCACGCAAUGCAUGUACGUCUGGAUCGACGGCACCGGAGAGCACGUCCGUGCCAAGACCAAGACGGUGGACUUCAUCCCCAAGAGCCCGUCAGAGCUCCCCAUCUGGAACUUUGAUGGCUCGUCGACCGGUCAGGCGGAGGGCAGCAACUCUGACGUGUAUCUGUACCCUGUGGCGCUCUACCGGGAUCCCUUCCGCCUCGGCAACAACAAGCUGGUGCUGUGCGAGACUUACAAGCACAACCGCAAGCCCGCCGACACCAACUUCCGCCACACCUGCAAGGAGGUGAUGGACAAGGCUGCCGAGCAGCACCCGUGGUUCGGUAUGGAGCAGGAGUACACCCUGCUCGACUCGGACCAGCACCCGUUCGGCUGGCCCAAGAACGGCUUCCCGGGGCCGCAGGGACCCUACUACUGCGGCGUGGGCGCCUCCAAAGUGUACGCCCGCGACGUGGUGGAGAGCCACUACCGCGCCUGCCUGUACGCCGGCGUCAUGAUCGCCGGCACCAACGCCGAGGUCAUGCCGUCCCAGUGGGAGUUCCAGGUCGGCCCGGCUGAGGGCAUCCGGAUGGGUGACGAUCUCUGGAUGGGCCGCUUCCUACUGCACCGCGUCGCCGAGGACUUCGGCAUCAACGUGUCUCUGGACCCGAAGCCGAUCCCGGGUGACUGGAACGGCGCCGGCUGCCACACUAACUUCAGCACGCUGGCCAUGCGCGAGAAGGGAGGCAUCACGCACAUCGAGAAGGCGAUCGAGAAGCUGGGCUCCAACCACGCCCACCACAUCAAGAUGUACGACCCGAACGAGGGCCGCGACAACAGCCGCCGGCUGACCGGUCGGCACGAGACCUCGAGCAUCCACGACUUCUCCGCCGGCGUGGCAAAUCGCGGCGCCAGUAUCCGGAUCCCGCGCCAGGUGGCCGAGGAGGGAUACGGAUACCUGGAGGACAGGCGGCCCAGCUCCAACUGCGACCCGUACCGGGUCACAGAGGCCAUCGUGCGCACCACGUGUCUCGACUAAGCGGGCCGCGUCCGUCCGUCGAGCCGCAGCCACAUUCCGCCUCCGUCAGAGCAGCGUCCGCUGCCGAUCGGCGUCCGGACAAAGAAGUUCGCUGUGGUACAUGUCCUCGAGCGUCGUCAACUAAGAUGGAGAAGUUCGCAUCAAGAUUGUACUGUGUGAUUUAAGCCGAGCGUCGCGUUUGCCAUUCAGCUGUCGUUUUUAGGCGGUCAUUUUAACGCAUUCCAGAUUGACUGCCCAUGGUGGUUGGUUUUACACGGUUUUUAUCGCCAUGGUUGUGGCUGAGGUAUCGUGUUAUAAUAUUUGUGAGCGAGAUGAUUGAUUUUAUCAUGCGUUUAUAAGAGAACACAAUGACUUGUCUUCCUGUUGUUUGGGCGUACGGAGGGCUUCUCGUCUAGCCGUUCUGCCUGAUUGUGUCAUGGUAGCUAUGCCCUGUGUGUCCCUGUAUCAGGAUUGCGAUGGGACUCGCCAUUCAUCCUCGUGUUGUACAUAAGUGUCGAGCUGUCUGGUUUGUCGUCCAGCCAGCUUUGAUGUAAUUUGUAAAUAAACGGCGAAAUGAUCAGA